UCCGGCCGAUGUCCGCCAAUAUGGCGUAAAAUUUAUAAAUCCAAGAAAAUUGUAUAAACGAGGAGACAUCAACGCUUUAUUUUUGAAAAAGACGCUAUAUUUCUGGAGCUUACAUAGUAUAUUUUAAUAUGGCUGGGUUUGACGAAGCUGGCUUGUCGGGUUCAGAAUAUUUGCGCGAUAGUUUAGGUAACUGCAAUGAAUCAACCUUAGCUAUGUUUCUGGAAUCAUUUCAGCAGGAUAACAGCAUCCUUUUACCUUCACUACAACAAGCUUUGCCUCUUUUGGACUUGCAUAACAUCCGAAGAUAUGAGUUUCAUCAAACGGUCACGGAAAAUCUACGUGAAAAGCUCUUAUCAAGGUUUGAAGUUAUAGGAAAUGAAAAACUUCUGCAGCUUUUGGAACAGGCAUUUCCAUUCAUCAAUGUUCCAGCUCUUAGACCUGUGGUUAUGGACAUGCUCACACGAGUUACAACUGUACCAGCUAAAUUUAUUGAGAUGCUUGCUAAGGAGCCAGAACUCUACAAUAAAUGCUCGCUAGUGGUCAAACGACAAAUUUGGAUUCAGCACCAGCCAUUGUUUGGUGAUGCUGUUGGACCAUUGCUUAAUGAGUAUUUGAAAGACAAGAACAGUGUAAUUUUUGAUGUAGAGGACUUGACAAACCAAGACUUUUUGAGCAUGCGCCCAAAAGUUCGACGUCAACAUCAUGUGGUUCAACAGUUAUCUGAAAUGAUUGGAAAAUCAUUACAGUUGUACAACUUAGUUUUGCAAUUUUUGAGAACAUUGUUCCUGCGCACCAAGGAAGCACAUUAUUGUACCUUACGUGCAGAGUUGCUCAUGGCAAUACAUGACUUGGAUGUUAAGGAAAUCAAAGAUGUUGAUCCAUGUCAUAAGUUUAUUUGGUGUUUGGAUGCAUGUGUGCGAAGUCAAUUGAUUGACUCAAAUAAGAUUAAAGAUUUGCGGGGUUACAUGAAGGCAGCUAAAGCAACUGAAGAGCAGGUUUUGGGGGAUAUUGCAAUGGUUUUGUGUGAUCCUUUUGCCAUCAAUGUUAUUGGUAAAAGCAUUAUAAAAGUUCUACUUCAUCUUACUACUACAGAGGUCUUACCUAGGACUAGUGCUGAUCUAACGUUUCUCUUAAGUUUACUGCAAUUGGGUUUGGGGGCUUGGGCAAUGAUUGAAAGUCAAAUCUUUAAAGAAAAUCUAUUGAGCAAUGAUCUAAUUGUAAGAUUUAUACCAAUUGUGAUGGCAACAAUGGUGGAAGAUUCUGUCCAACGUGUUGAGCAAAAACUUCCAAAUAAGAGUAAAGAAAAUUUAGAACUUCAUCAUUCAUUUGAGCAAUCACUGUCAGAGUACAGUAUUUGUUUUACGGUUGCCUUUUACCUUGCUUUGCAUAUGGCAAAACAUAAACACAGACAAGCUCUUAGUUCAUUGCUACCAGCAAUAUCAUCUUCCUACAAUAAUCAUGUCUUACAUGAUGCUCACUUACAUUCACUCAUCACAAUUUGGGCGUGUUCUCAAGAAGAGUUUACGAGUGCAGAGUUUUGCGAGAUUGUCUUUGAUCAUUUCCUGUUGACAAUGCUCAGUCAGGAAAGUGUUCUUAGACAAACUCUGAGAUUGCUGCAUUUUGUCUACUCCAAAAUGGAUUCUAAUAAGGUUGUGACUAUUUUGACAGCCACUCAACCAUCCCCUGAGAAUUCUGAAGUCAUCCAUGAGUUGCAUUCAUCGAUAGUUGAUAAAGUUGCUGGUAGCAACCCAAGUUCAGCCAGUUUGUCUUCGCUUGAACAACCGCUGUCAGCUUCAUCAUCAGGAACGUCUGCAUCAUCUUCACCACUCAACUAUUUACCACCUUCGUCUGUUUAAACAUUCGACCUCACGUGCUGAGCAGUGCGUGAAUCUUCUGAAUACAAUACUACAUGAACCAUAUGAAUUAACUGGCAAGAUACGAGGGUCAGACUUUCCGCUAUUCAUCAAGAAAUCAGUUGAAACUUUCUAAAAUUGCUUCUAACAACUACGCUUUGGCGACGCACCCGAGUUUCACAGAAACAGGACAGCUGAGCAGACCAAAAUAUAAACAAUCUCUAACAGUACAGUAGACAGUCAACGCAGUUAAAAACGCCCAAGUUGUUCCCGAUGGAUGAAAACAGGACUGAACAAUGUUGGACAUUGUUGUUUUCCAGUUUUCAAGUAACUUCUUGAAGCGUGGUUAAUAAAAACAUAUUUACCUCGCCAAGGAAAUUUGCCGCUGAUUUCUAGAUGAAUGGCGGAAUAUCUGUUCAUCGUAUAUGUAAGUCUGAUACAUACUGAGAACAGGCUCCUCCCUUGUAACAGGCUCCCCCUCCUGCCCUCCCACUCCGGAUGUGUAAUUGCUGUUAACCCAGGUAUUAUAAGACGAUGCAGCAAUUGAACAUAUAUUCAAUUUUUAGAAUUUUAUUCAAUUCCGUAGUUGUUUUGUAUUGCAUUGCAAGAUUUUGCCUCUUACAUUGUAAAUGUAAAAUGCCACGUGUUUAGUAGAGAAUGCUUCAUUGUAUCAAUCAUAG